CGGGCGUUGCGAAGACUUGUUUGCUUGAGUUUGGACCCUGCGACAGUUCUCAGUUCCCUCUCGGUGGGGCGGGUGCGCACCCACGUCAGGCGAAUGGGCAGCUAGACGCAGGCCGGGGAGCGUGGGGCUGCCGACAUGAACUCGCCCGUGGACCCCAGCGCUCGGCAGGCGCUGAGGAAGAAGCCGCCGGAGCGGACUCCUGAGGACUUAAAUACUAUUUAUUCUUACCUCCAUGGAAUGGAAAUACUAUCAAACCUCAGGGAACAUCAGCUCAGGUUAAUGUCUACAAGAGCACGCUAUGAGAGAUACAGUGGCAAUCAUAUGCUUUUCUGUUCAGAAACUAUUGCCAGAUGUUGGUAUAUCCUGCUGUCUGGAUCUGUACUUGUAAAAGACUCUAUGGUCCUUCCUCCUUGCAGUUUUGGUAAGCAGUUUGGAGGAAAAAGAGGAUGUGAUUGUCUUGUAUUAGAACCUUCAGAAAUGAUUGUGGUAGAGAAUUCCAAAGAUAAUGAAGAUAGUAUUUUACAAAGAGAAAUUCCUGCGAGACAGUCUCGACGAAGGUUUCGGAAGAUUAACUAUAAAGGAGAGCGCCAAACCAUAACUGAUGGAGUGGAUAUUAAUAACUACCUUUCACUUCCAGCUGAUCUUACCAAGAUGCACCUUACAGACAACCCUCAUCCACAGGUGACGCAUGUGUCUUCUAGUCAGUCUGGCUGUAGCAUUGCCAGUGACUCUGGGAGCAGCAGUUUAUCCGAUAUCUAUCAGGCUACAGAGAGCGAAGUAGGAGAUGUAGACCUAACACGUCUUCCAGAAGGACCUGUUGAUUCUGAGGAUGAAGAAGAAGAGGAAGAAGAGAUAGAUCGAACAGAUCCACUGCAGGGUCGAGAUCUUGUUCGAGAAUGUCUUGAAAAGGAACCUGCAGACAAAACUGAUGAUGAUGUUGAACAGUUACUUGAGUUCAUGCACCAGCUGCCUGCCUUUGCAAACAUGACCAUGUCUGUAAGAAGAGAGCUCUGCUCUGUCAUGAUUUUUGAAGUAGUGGAGCAGGCUGGAGCUGUUAUUCUUGAAGAUGGACAAGAGCUUGACUCAUGGUAUGUCAUUUUAAAUGGCACUGUAGAAAUUAGCCAUCCAGAUGGGAAAGUUGAAAAUCUAUUCAUGGGAAAUAGUUUUGGAAUUGUUCCUACUCUGGAUAAGCAGUACAUGCAUGGAGUUGUCAGGACCAAAGUUGAUGAUUGUCAGUUUGUCUGCAUAGCCCAACAGGAUUAUUGGAGAAUUUUAAAUCAUGUGGAAAAAAAUACCCAUAAGGUUGAGGAAGAGGGAGAAAUUGUCAUGGUACAUGAGCACCGUGAACUAGACCGGAGUGGAACCAGGAAAGGACACAUAGUAAUCAAGGGUGUGGGAUUGCACACCUGUAAUCAUUCCAACACUGGAAAAGUGUUGGCACACCUUCGUCUAGGGAAUCUAACCUUGACCUCAUGUCCAGAUGCCAGGACUUUUUUAAUGUGGAUCCUGCCAAAGCCAUCUCUCAUCAAGGGUGCGGCUGUCUCGUCUUCUCUGAGCAGUGAAGAGAUGUCUCAUGAGCAUGUUGUGCUAGAAGCAGCUGACAGUGGUCGGGGUAGUUGGACUUCCUGUUCCAGCAGCUCCCAUGACAACUUCCAAAGCCUUCCAAACCCAAAAAGCUGGGACUUUCUGAACUCUUACAGAUACACACAUCUGGAUGACCCUAUUGCUGAAGUUGAGCCCACUGACUGUGAGCCCUGUACCUGCCCUAAAGGCUUCUCAAGAACUUGUGGCCAGUGCAAAAGCAGCCUAGAGGCGAGCCAGCUAAGGCAGAGUUGGGUCUCCUCCAGCUCACUCUCUGACACGUGCGAACCAAACUACGGGACAGUUAAGCGGAGGGUGUUGGAAAGUGCACCAGCAGAGGCAUCUGAUGGCUUGGAGCUUAGGGACACCACUGACCCUGUUUAUAAAACUGUCACUUCCAGUACAGACAAGGGCUUGAUUGUGUACUGUGUCACCUCACCCAAGAAAGGUGAUAGAUAUAGGGAGCCACCUCCCACUCCUCCAGGAUAUCUGGGAAUUUCUUUAGCGGACCUAAAGGAAGGACCCCACCUGCAUCUAAAACCUCCAGACUAUAGCGUGGCAGUGCAGAGGUCAAAGAUGAUGUUUAACAGCCUGUCUAGACUGCCGUCAGCUCCUCCCAGUAGCCACACCUCAGCCUGGGUUCCCCCGAAGAUCGGAUCCCAGCCUCACAGGCAUAGCUUGCAGCCGCCCCAUCCCAAACUAGCAGAUGUGGCUGAUGCAGAUAGCGAAGCAGAUGAAAAUGAGCAGGUGUCAGCAGUCUAGCCUUUGGAAGGCCCGUUGGAGACCGCUGGAAGUCAGGAACACGGACAAGAGCUCCUGGGUCUGCAAGCCAAGGCCAACAGCUCGCUGCUGCCACUAACCCUGAGGUCUCCUGGAUGGGCUCUGAGGAUGAGCUCUUCCUGAGUCGUGCUUCCCCUUGUUCUGUCCCUGCAGGUGCACUUCCCUUAACUGGAUGUUGUACCUGAUCUCAGCCUACACUUUGCACAUCAUUCCUGCCUUGGGACCACAUUCAAGCUCAGAGUUGUCCCCCUGUAUAUCACUAUAGGUUUUUCUUUCCGCAAGUCGUUUUAAAGAUAGUGGUAUUAUUAUUUCUAAGCCAUAGCUUAGGCUAAUGGACACAUUCAAAAUGUCUGCCAAUACCAAGGAGAGUCUUGCAUCUUUGAAAAGUAAUUUAUUAUUUGAAGUAUUAUGGUUUUGUUUGUAUUGAAGAGCUCUCAUUAGCUGUUGUUUGUCUGAAUCUAUAAAGCUGUCUGUGGUCUGAGCAGCAGACACCAUCCUGACACAGGUACAGAAACGUAGCACCACUGUAGCGCUCAGGUGGGAACUAAACACUGGCGCAGUAAGUGUACGCAGCCUGCUCAUCGUGAUGUGGACUACAGCGGCCACAGAGGCCUCGGUCUCGGCAGGCUUCUGAAAAGGGGAGCAGAGAGGGAGUAUAAAGGGAGAACCAGGAUUUGCAAAGAAGGAAAAGUUAACAUUGAACUUGUUGUGCUUGUUUCUGAAAUGAGCAUCAUGCUGCAUCCAGUUGUGAGGAUACUACAGAGCCACUGGGAAUGGCUUCUAGAGAAUUGUGUCUCCAUAGGAACCCUAAGCUAGCAUUCCACAACUCAAGUGUGGAGUUCCUAGUGUAAAAAUAUAUAUAUUGUAGAAGCUAGAGAGGUGGCUCAGUGCUUAAAAUUCUCACAUGCUGGCUUACAACUCCCUGUAACUUCAGUUCCAGGGGAUCGGACACCCUCUUCUGGCUUCCACAAACACUGCAUGCAUGUAGCACUUAGGCAUCCGUGCAGUCAGAACACCCCUACACUCCAAAAAUAAAUAAUAAAAAUAGUAAUUUUUUGAAGUGUCGUGGAUGCAGUGGUGAAGGUCGCCUUGACUUGUGCAGUGGCUUGCAGCACAGAACCACAUGUGCAGUCACUGGACGUGAGCCUUGAGCUCUCCACAGAACUCCGUAACCGAGAGGUAGACUUGGAUAAGAGAGAGGAGCUAGGAUACCAGAGGGAACUUACACCCUUUGCGACCUCCUGGAUAUGGCACUCUUAAGUAUUCAAAUGCAGUGACUGCUUAAUAAAGUAGACUUUUCACAUUUUUACAAAUCAAGCAUAACAUUUUGUAUAUAUAUAUAUUUAAAGUUUUUCUUUUGCUUUUUAAUGUAAAGGCAAUUAAGAUUUCAUAAACUUAUGUAAUUACCAAAAAAAAAAAAAAAAGCCAAAGCCAUUAAAAGCGCACUGGCCAUGACAGCACUGCUGCAGGCAGUCGUGGGCAGCUGCCUUUUCAAGGCUGCACUUUUCCGUCGCUCUCUCCUCCUGUUGCAGAGUCAAAACAGUUCCCACGCAGUAGUGCGCUGUCUUCCCACAGAGCCUGUCUCUUUACGAAAAGUAGUGGCUGAAGAAUUCCCCUGGGGAGACAUUAACCCAAAGCCUUAGACAUGAGCCCAGGUGCACUGCAGUGCGGUGAGGCAGAGCCUUGCUGGCCCUUUAAGUGCAAAGCAGCCUGAGUGGCAGCUGCAGCUUGACAGCCAUGUUUAACUGAUCUGGCCUAUGAACUGUGCUGUCUUCUGAUUGUGAAUUUUUUAUUCACCUAUUUGCAUAAUAUUGUUUUCAUGUUAAAAACAAGAUAAAUAUUUUUGCUAUAUCCACCUUUUUAAUCCAAGUUUGGGUACUCAUUGUCACCAUUUUCUAUCCAUUGCUCCAGAAAAAUGUGCUGUUUGCACUGCCUCUGUUCAUCUAACAGGUCUUCAGACCAGACGGAGUCUCGCCUGCCUUGGUCCUUAAUGUGGUGACAUGUCUUGCACAGGGAGUGAGGCCUGUGGCUUUGAGCCUGUUCUGUGUAGCUGCCUUGGUUAUAUCAAGCUUUAUCUGUGAGUGUUCAGACCAGCUGAUCACAUUGAUCAGAAUGAAAACCAAAUGCUUUGUAGUUUGAUGUAUAUGAGUCCCUGAAAAAGGAAAAAAAAAAAUCAUGUCUGCCUUUUUUUACUUUAUCAUGUGACUAGAGCAAGGCAAGCCUUAAAGCCCAUGCUUGCUCUGGUUCCAAGUUCUCAUUUGUCCUUGUUGGAAGUUUGUGACAUUACUAAAGAGACUGGUGCCCAGCGCCUGCCAAGACUGUCGAAGCAGCAGACCCUUAGUGCAGACUUUUGCCAAACAAUAGAUUUCAGCAAAAUCUCAUAGCAAACCAUGUAGAGAUUAGCCCAGCUGCUGCCUACAGCAAGCUUACAUGCAAGCCCCAUACUUCAUUUCCUCUAAAUGGUGUCUUUCAGGAUAAUCUUUGGGGAGAAAAAUCCUCUAGAGAGUAUUCAUGAGGCUGACAUGAACACCUCUGUGAUCUCUACCAAGCUUGAAGAGUAGCAGUAACCACAAGGGUUUCCUUAAAAUUACAAAAGAACAAGCAUUUCCUUUAAAUUUUUAAACUGAUUAUUUGGAUUGAGAAGGUCUAGGAAGACAUUAAGUGUACCCUUGCACCAUCCCAUUGCACACCACAAAAAAAGGCCGGGUCAGCCUUCAGACAAGUCAGGUACAUAUUUAAGUUGAAACUUGAGUUGCACUUCAUCUUUAGCUUUUGUGCUGUUUAAAAGGCCUCUUUUUUUAUUAAUGUACAGAAUGAAUGCAGUUGAACCUGAUGUUUUAAAAUUGAAAUGUGAGUUUAUCAAAAAACAAAAGCAAAAUUGCACAGUUGCUCUAAUCAAGUGACAAUUAUCUGCACAACUGAGUGAUUGUAAGACAUACUGUCACAAGCAAGGCUGUCUCCCGGUGUUUGAUGCCUCUUAAACUUAUGUCUUUUAGAAAGACAGUGCCUCUGUAUGCGUUUGUAUUUUUACUGAGUGUAAAUACUUGUUAUAUUUUUGGUUAAGAGAAUGUAAGGGUAUCAUUUAUUACCACAUCUCCUAACACAUUGGAACCAAUAAAGAAUCUGCAUUGACUGUG